GUGAAAUUCUCACCUGUCAGUGCAAACAUAUGUUAGGUUAGGACUUUUUGUUAUGAACACACAAAAGGUGAAUGUAAAAAUCUUAUUUUUCGCGAAAGCAAAGGAAAUCGUAGGUAAACACAUCGAUGAAUUAUCCAUAGAGACUCCAAUUUCUUAUAAAAACCUGUUCGACACUAUCGUGGACUGCUAUUCUCUACAAAAAUUGCGUAACCAACUCAUUUUAUCUGUGAACGAACAAUUCUCGGAGCCCGAGGAAGUUAUAGCACUGAAAGCCGACGACGAAAUAGCAGUUAUCCCUCCUUUAAGCGGCGGAUAAAUCACCAAAAUGAAUUAUUUAAAACUAACACCUGAUAGGCUAUCGGUGGACUACAUCACCGAUACCGUAAGUUCCAAUUCCUGUGGCGCCGUUUCUGUAUUUAUCGGAACCACUAGGGACAAUUUCGAUGGAAAACCAGUAACAAAACUAGAAUACGAAGCCUACCAUUCCAUGAGUUUGAAGUGUAUGGAAAAAAUAUGCGAUACACUACGAGAGAAAUGGCCGAGUGUGGUGAACAUAGCUAUUUAUCACAGAUUAGGAGAGGUUCCCGUAAAAGAAGCGAGUAUAAUAAUAGCAGUGUCUUCUCCGCACCGAGCAGAUGCCAUCAAAGCCACGGAAUUUUGCAUCGACGAAGUAAAAAAAUCGGUCCCCAUAUGGAAAAAGGAGUUCUACAUCGACGACAGCGAGCCUGCUUGGAAAGAAAACAAAGAAUCGAAGAAAUACGCUCAUAGAAAGUUCGAUGUCGAACAAGCGAUCGAAGCAGCUCCGAUCCACCCGCAUCUAGUGCAAAUAAAAGCCUCGAAAGGCGAGAUAGAAAGCAGAAUUGCCAAGUUCAUGGAGAGGAAACGGGCCGAAAUAGAUUCGAAUAACAUAAGGGAGUUUUGCCACAGCGACAGGGACUCCGAGUACACUUGCGCUAGAAUAGACGCCACCGUUGUGAAACGAACUGAUUCUAAAAGCCAUUUACAAGUGAAUCGAGUGGUGAAUUCGUACAAAUAUCGGGAUCAAACUACUUCGAAUUAUUUAACGAAGUACAUCCCGGUGAAUGGGGUGGAGGAGAGGCUGCGAAACAUCGAAGAGCAACUGAGUUUAACAACUCCCGUUUCGAGGAAUGUUUACGAACGUCUCAAGCACUUGGAAGAUCGUUUGUUGUGUUUGGAAUCGAUAUCGCCUGAAUACAUCCAAUUCUGGAGCAAACUCAGACUGGCCGAUGACGUAUCGGCUAGAAAAAAAGUCUACAGUAUCGACGACAUAAACAAACUGAUAGCAGAAACCGAAAGGAACAUAAAAAACUGUUAAAUGGCUUAAUGAAUAUGCAAUUAGUUUGUUAAAAAUGUAUUUACG